AUGGAGAAUUUAUUAUCUCUACUCUGUUGUCAUUAUUCUUUGCUGAUUUUAUUUCAGUACAAAUAUCAGGUGUAUGGAAACUAUUCCCAGCUACCCAAACACCCAGGAUUCAAAGUUCUCGCAUCAGCUUCCCAUUACUGGCCAUUGGAAGAUGUGGAUGGAAUUCAUGAGUUUCGGGAUACGAAUGGAGAUAUUGUAGAAGGAAUGGUGAACAAGGGAAUUUACGUCACUGAAAAGAAAGGAGUCACCUUUCUCUUCUUUGGAAGCUAUCAAAAUUCUUGCAUUAGUAAUCCAGAAGUUUGUGGACCUGAAGGAGUAACAUUUUCCUUUUUCUGGAAGACUCAAGAUCAGCAGGCUAAGUUUCUUCCUGCCUCUGGUGGACAAGUAAUUUCCAGUGGUUUCAAAAUCUGUUCAAAUGAAGGUGAAGGCUCAGUGGAAUUUUACACCCGUGGGAAUGCAAUGAUGAAGUGGAAAGCAAGCUUUAGUCCGCCAGGUCCUUAUUGGACUCAUAUUCUCUUUACUUGGAAAUCAAGAGAAGGACUGAAAGUCUAUGUCAAUGGAACUCUAAAUACAACUGAUCCAGAUGGGAAAGUCUUCUAUGAUUACGGAGACCCCAGUGCAAAUCUACUGACUGGGACAGAGGGGGAUCAAACUAAGCGCUAUGUGAAUGGGGCAUUUGAUGAAUUCAUUAUAUGGGAAAGGGCACUCACCCCCCAUGAAAUCGAGCAGUACUUUACAGCUGCUGUUGGUGUGCAAGUUUUGCUUUCUUCAACGCUUCCAUGGUCUGUGGUGACAACCACUACAAAACCUAUGCUCUCUACAAAUGCCUAUCGUCCCAUCAUAACUAAUCUAAUUCAGGAGAGAGCGAACUUCCGCUCCCCCGACAACAUGCUGGGCUACCUGGAGAAUGUGUCCGUCAGCUUGCCCAACAAAUCCUUGUCAGAAAAUACUGCUCUAAGCCUGACAGAGGCAUUUUUAAAAGCUAUUGAAGACUUUCUGUUAUUGCCCAACUGGAUUGAUGUACCAGAGACCGCUCACAUAUUUGGAAGUUUAAUUCAAACUAUUGACAGUGUGAUGGCUCAUAUGACGCAGAAUCUAGAUGAAAACUCAUUACCUUUAACUGUUGAGGGCUCAUCAUCCGUGGCAGAUUACAGCUUGGUCAAAAUGCAUCCUCAGACUUUGAAUUUGUCCCAUUAUCGAUUUCCAUCUCGAGGACAGAGUUAUAUUUCCAUUCCCAGUGAAGCUUUUCAUGAAAAAGCUUGGAUUACCAUUGUUGGCCUGCUUUACCAUAACAUGCAUUACUUCUUUCAUAAUAUCAACCCUAUGGAUACCAAGAUUGCUGAAGCUGCUGCCUACAAAGGUUGUAUGAUCUCAGCAACCAGUGAUCUUAUCUCCGUAAAAGUGGAACCUCUACCUAAGUUGUCCCACAAUCUGUCAGGAUCUCCUCUGAUUACCAUCCAGCUCACCCACAAACUGACUCCCAAACAAUACAGCCAAGCACUAAAUAAGAGUAACAGAGUUCAUCUUUACUGUGCAUUUCUGGACUAUAGCAAUGGAACUGGUGUUUGGUCUAAUGAAGGUUGUGCGCGAGAGAGUGGGGACCUCAACUACUCAGUGUGUCUUUGUAACCACCUCACUAACUUCGCCAUUCUGAUGCAAGUGGUGCCUCUGAAGCUAACAAGAGAACACCAGGUGGCCCUCUCCUCCAUCACUUACAUUGGCUGUGCUCUGUCCAUCUUCUGCUUGACGAUCACACUGGUCACAUUUGCUAUAUUGUCGUCUGUCAGCACCAUCCGCAACCAGCGCUAUCAUAUCCAUGCCAAUCUGUCCUUUGCUGUCUUGGUGGCCCAGAUCCUGCUUCUCACCAGCUUUCAGUUCAGCCCUGGAACGGUGCCUUGCAAGAUCUUGGCCAUUCUCCUUCAUUUUUUCUUCCUGAGUGCUUUUGCAUGGAUGCUGGUGGAAGGCUUUCAUCUUUACAGUAUGGUGAUCAAAGUAUUUGGGUCAGAAGAGAGCAAGCACUUAUAUUAUUAUGGAAUUGGAUGGGGCUGCCCGCUGGUGAUUUGUGUAAUUUCUACAACAUCAUCCCUAGACAGCUAUGGAGAAAGUGGCAACUGCUGGCUUUCACUAGAGAAUGGAGCAAUCUGGGCUUUUGUGGCACCGGCGUUGUUUGUAAUUCUGGUCAAUAUUGGUAUUCUCAUUGCUGUCACAAGGGUUAUCUCAAGAAUCAGUGCAGACAACUAUAAGGUCCAUGGAGAUGCCAAUGCCUUCAAACUAACAGCUAAAGCUGUCGCUGUUCUCUUACCGAUCUUGGGAAGCUCAUGGAUCUUUGGGAUUUUGGCUGUCAAUGCCCAUGCAUUAGUAUUUCAGUAUAUAUUUGCUGUUUUCAAUUCACUACAAGGAUUUUUCAUGUUCCUGUUUCACUGUCUGCUGAAUUCAGAGGUUAGAGCUGCUUUUAAGCACAAAACCAAGGUCUGGUCCCUUACCAGUAGUUCAACUCGCAACAUCAAUGUGAAACCCUUCAAUUCAGACAUUAUGACUGGGAACAGGCCAGGUACAACCCCCACAAAGCUGAACACCUGGGAUAAAAGCACCAAUUCAGCCAACCGCAUUGAUUUAUCGGCAGUCUGACAGUAAUAAGAGCUUCUCCGUGAAAACCAAGCCAUACAUUCAGGACCUCUGACACAGUGUCCACCAUUUUUUUCUCACUGUUAAUACCAAUAGAAAAACUGCUUUUUUUAAUCACUGCCUAAUAAAUUGGAAAUUGCCGUACUGUUUUGUUCAGUAAAUAGCCCUCAUCUGCUUGCCUUCGAAAGCAUAACACAUUCUACCACUUGGCUAUUAGCAGUAUCUGGAAAAAUAACUAGCACAAAUAUACACUGGAUGCUUUUGUCAGCAAUGAUGAAAACACGAGGUACGCAAAAAGGGCUUAUUGCUAUCUGAAUCAUUCCAGCUCCCAGAACUGAGGAAAGGCAACAUACCUCUAGAAAGAUGGAUUUUUAUGCUCUAAAAUGAAAUGCUUCCCAUUGUGAUGUUGUAAUGGGGCUAUUCUGGUCUUGCUGUGCACUCUCUGUUUACAUUUAUUACCUUACAGAAUCCAAUUAUCGAAGUGAAGCUUAUUCAAAAUACAUA